AUGUUUCUGGUUGUGGUAGCCUUUUUCGGCGACACUGGGAAGGUGGUCUUGGCCAAGGCGGAAAGCUUCCAAGAUGUGUUCCUCAACUUCAGCUCCUCCGCGCUGGCGCUCUUCGCCAUCCGGUCCUUGUUCUUCGUGGUGCGGGACUUCUUCAGCCUCUCCAGCCUCACGCGCUCCACCUUGGCCGUGGUGCUGCUUCUGAUGGGCCUUGAGAUGUUGGCCGGCCACGCCGUCUACGUGAGUGCCUUUACCUCCUGCCUGGUCUUCGCCUGCAUGCUGGCGCUGUCUGUGGGCGUCUCCACCUUGCACGAGUGCCACGAGAAGCCCUUGUCGGACCUCCGCGCCUUCUGA